GGUGGCUGUGUGCCGAACGAUGUGAACUCGCCCAACUUGGCAAAUAUACUACAACUUUAACCAAGCCUUCUCAAAACCCUAAAAUCCUGCGGCGAGAUAUUUUUGUACCGUUUUAGUUUUCCACUGUUUCUUCUCCAAUGGCGAAGAGAAAGCCCGUUGCGGUAGAAGAGCAAGUCUCAUCCGAAGAUGAAGAACAGAUGAAUGUAGAAGAAAAUGAACCUUCACAGGAAGAAGAUGAAGAAGAGGAAGAGGAGGAAGAAGGAGGAGGAGAUGGUGAUGAAAAAGUAGAAGGCGCCAAUUCUUCAUCUGAAGAAGAAGAAGAGGAGGAGGAGGAAAAAAAAGAAGAUGACAGCGAAGAAGAAGAGGACGAAGAAGAUGAGGGCUCAAAAAGAGAAUCUGUGCGGACGCUUCUUGAGCCCUUCGGGAAAGACCAGCUAAUCGAAAUCCUCAAGGAAGCUGCUCUCAGGGACCGGUCCAUUAUCUCUCGUAUCACCCAGGCCGCCGAGUCCGGCCCCGUCCACCGCAAAAUCUUCGUCCACGGCCUCGGCUGGGACGCCACCACCGAAACCCUAGUUUCCGUUUUUAAGCAGUACGGUCAGAUCGAGGAAUGCAACGUUGUCACCGACAAACUCACCGGGAAGUCCAAGGGCUAUGGGUUCGUCCUCUUCAAGACCCGUGCUGGUGCCCGCAAAGCCCUUCAGCAGCCACAGAAGAAGAUUGGGAACCGUAUGACGGCCUGCCAGCUUGCUUCGUUUGGGCCGAUCCCGAGCCACCCGGCUCCUGAUGCGACGGGACGGAAGAUAUUCAUCGCAAAUGUUGGACCUCAUGUGAAUCCGGAGAAGCUGCGUGCUUUCUUUUCGAAGUUUGGGGAGAUUGAGGAAGGGCCAUUGGGGUAUGACCGUGUUACUGGGAAGCUUAAGGGUUUUGCCAUAUUUGUUUAUAAGACAACGGAGGGAUGUAAGAAAGCUUUGGAAGAACCAGUGAAGGUAUUUGAGGGUUGCAAAUUGCAGUGUCAGAGGGCAGUGGAAGGUCUACGGGCUAAUAGUAUUAAAAAUCAGGUGGGAGUUGUUGCUGGGACAGGUGCUGCUUUGCCCCCAAACGAUCUUGCUCUCACUUAUGCAAUGGGAUUGAAUCCAGGGAUGGUCAAUCCGAAUCUACUGGUGGCUCAAAAUCCAGGAAUUGGGAUUUUGAAUCCGGCCGUGGGAACGUCCCUGACUCAGACGGGGUUGUCACCUUCCGUUGCUGGUGGAUUAUCACCUUCUGUGAACCGGAGUGGGGCGACUCCUCCGUUGGGAUUAAGUUCAGCGUAUGGUGGGCAAGCAGGGAUAAAUAGCAUAAGCCCUAGUGUAAUUGGUAGUUAUGGCUCUCAGGCAGCUUUGCAGGGGCUGGGUGCUUACCAAAGUGCACAUUUAGGCCAAUCCUCUGCAGCGGCAACGAGGUCUCAAUCUGGUCUUGGGUCUGUAGGUUCCUUGCCGCCUUACUUCGGACGCUAGGUGGGAGAAUUACAAGCAAAGGCUGUGCUAUUUAGGUUAGACAUGAUGUAUUUUGAGGUGAGGGGCUUUCUGAGAAGCUAGAAGAAUGUUGGCAAUCUUUCAGUUCACAAGGAGACCCGUUCCAAAAAUUCUACCGGAAACUGAAGCAUCUAAAUAUCAUAUUGAACUUUGGAGUAAGGAGGAAUUUGGAUCUUUGCAAAAACGAUUAGAGACCUUGAUGCAAAAGAGGAAGAAUUAGCUUUUUCAUUUGAGGAGAAACAACAGAAGGAAAUAGUUAGAGACAAAUAUGGCCACUGGCUUACAUGGAAGAGAUCACUUGGGGACAAUGGUCAAGAACUCUCUGGUUCCAAGCGAAUGAGUGAAAUGGCAUAGUUGGAUGAAGGAGUGCAUACUUAACCUCUUCUUUUUGAUACUUAUAAAUCGCUCUUCGAAGGGUCUCUUUGAAGCUUGGAGGGGUCUUUGCUAGCGAGAUCCCGUCUCCCUUAUUUAUUAUCAUAGUCCAUUAUGUUGCUCCAGUUUGCAGAUGAUUCUCUUCUCUUAAGCCAAAUCACAGAGAUCUGCUGUUUUUACGGUCUCUCAUCUGUUUUGAGGCUAUUUUAAAAUAGAUUUAUAGAAGUUUGAGUUGUUGCCGAUUUGUGAGGUUCCAAAUAUUUCAGAAUUGGCAGCCACUUUAGUUGUAGAACAUGGUCUCUUCCAACCAAAUCUCUCGAGUUGCCAUUGAAUGCAAACUACAGCUCCAAGGACAUCUGGACCCCCAUUUAGAACAUAUGAACAGGAAGCUUGGCUGGUUAUGGAAGGGCCAUCUCCUCUCCAAAGGCAGUAAGCUUAUUUUGAUUCAUAAUGCCUUAUCAAACCUCCCAAUUUACUAUUUCUUCUCCUUUUGUCCUCCGGCGGAGGUUUUAGCUACAUUUUGUAGCAUGGGACCAACUACAAAGCAUGUCUUCCCAAAUCUAAAGGGGUGUAUUGGUUUAAGCCUCUCCCCUAUUACAUGAAUUUUGCAUUGUUGGCCAAGUGGAUAUGGCGUUUUGGCUUGGAAAGGGGAGCUUUGUGGAUGCAGUUAUACAAAGUAAAUAUGGGAAGGAAGAACUGAAUCGGAUUACAAAUCCCGUCUCUGAACCCCUAUGGGACAAGUUGCUGGAAGGACAAAGUCUUGAGUCUUUUUCUCAGUGGUGUUCUUUUAAAGUUGGCAUUGGUGAUAAGAUCCAUUUAUGGAAAGAUGUUUGGUGUGGUCCCUCACCCUUGGCUUCUGUUUCCCCACACAUUUAUCAGCUGGUCAGUGAUUAAGAUGCCACAGUUUUUGAGAUGCUACGAGUUUUUGGGUGGUCAGGUGGUUUGGAGUCCAAGCCUUGGAAGAAAUGUUCGGGAUUGGGAGCUUGAGGAGUUGAGCUUAUUCUUUCAGCAACUCACUUCUAUUUCUCCAAAUCCAAAUGAGAGUGACAGAAGAUCAUGACUUGGAAAUACUGCUGGGGUCUUCACGGUAAAAUCUUUCUCACUUUCAUCUCAUCAAAUUCCUGAAAUUUCCUGGAAGUGGAUUUUGGGAAACGGGUGUCCCUUCCAAUGUUUGUUUGGCCUGCUAUCUUGAAUAAGAUACAAACUAUUGCUUAUCUGAUAGCCAGAGGACUUGGUCAAUCGUUUCUGCCUUUGCAAGGCUAGUUGAGAACCUGUUAACCAUCUCCUACUUCAUUGCCCCCUUCUCCCUUGCCGUGUGGUUUUUCUGCAGCGUAUGAGCAAGGAAUAGGUCAUUCCUAAUGAUAUCCAAUCCUUGUUUUCUGCUUGGCCUGUACCUGUUGGAAACUUGGGGGGUGGGGGGCAGUCAGAUUUUCAGGGGGAAGGCCUCAUGUGGAAGCAGUGAUUGAUAGAGUGGAAGGACUGAUGCAAGUGAUGUCCAUCAAAUAGUUCCAAGGCCUCUCUUAUUCUCUUGUUUGUGAUCAUUGGAGACAAAUAGUUGGGCUUCCUCUGUUUUGAGAACUUCUUGUAUAUGAUCUAUAUUGAUCAUAUUGAUCAUCUUUACUGUAUAGCAUAUAUUGCUUGACCAUCUCGUACUUCAUUAUCUUUUAGCUUUCAAGAAGAUAAUUAUAUCUUUUUGACCAUCUCCUACUGUAUAGCAUAUAUUGCUUGACCAUCUCCUACCUGUUGAUCAUCUUUCUCUCUUGAGGGGUUUUUUGCACCUAGCAGGAGCUUCUCCCAUUAUCAAUACAAUUAUAUCUUUUACCUUUCAAAAAUCUAUUACUUUUAUCGAAGAUCUCAUUAGCUGAAGUUCCUGAUUCAAUUUGUUUUUAGAUUUGAAAUCUUUGUGGUAAUAUAACUGGGGGUAGUCAUGGUUGUCUUUGAAGUCUUUCAAUGUGACAAGUUUUCAAGGUUUGUUUCAAUUACAUUCUAAUUAUAUUCAUUCCUUCAGCAUAUAUAUAUGUGUUCAAUUUCUGGGUCUUGGUCAUAUGUUCACAUAUCUUGGUAAAUUUGCAUUGACAGCUUGUUUAUUUUUGUCUUCUCUUUUCUUGACAUGUGCAUUGUGAAUUCCCAUUCAUGGCAUACCAUUUUUUUU